AUGCGCUGGUUCUGCACUGCCCUCUUCGCCCUGCCCCUCGCAGCCGCCCUCUCAGAGUACCACUAUCUCUCCACCGUCAACCAGUUCGCCACCGCGUUUCUCUCUCCCAACAACAUCGAGGUCGUCCGCUCCAUCAACAGCACCCUCUUUGCCGAAGAUGUCACUGGUACAGCUGAUCUAUCAACAAAUUUCGACGGACGCGAGCUUUCCACCGAAUAUCUCUUUGGUCUCUUUGUGAAUAACGCUGAAGAGUCCGACGACCCGUCCCCCUUCGGCAUCCCGAUAUCGUAUAACGUCACUUCUCUGCUCGUCCAGCACGAGUUUAUCGCUGCAUCCAUCAAGUUUAUGUUCCACUACCCCGUCUUGAACAAGACGUACCCCAUCCAAAUCGACGCAUUCAUCAGGGUCAAUGAAAAGGGCGAGAUUCAGCAAUACGAUGCUUCCUUCCGUCGAUGGGCUUGGGCCACCGAUGUCAUCAUUCCCGAGCUCCUCCCCCACAUGGCCCAGCGCUUAUCUCUCCCCGUGACAAACACCUCCCUCGUCCUCCGCGAGUACCUCUCCCGCAAGAUCUGCAACACCGCCGCCACCUACUGUACCGGCGACGACCAGCAAUACGACGACUAUGACUCUUGCAUGGACUUUUUGAAUACGAAAAAGACGGGAGAGUGGUAUCGCAUGGGCGAAGACAACCUCGUGUGCAGGCAUUUGCAUGUGCCGAUGUUGUCGCUCAGGCCGACUACGCAUUGUCCCCAUAUCGGGCCGAGUGGGGGUGAUAUAGACUAUGAGCAGGUCGUACUCGCGUCCCAUUUCCCCGCUGGCUUCCUUGCACCGAAACAAGUGACACCCGAGAACGAGAAGGAGGUGGGGCACAUCCAAGCUGCUAGUGGAUACCCGCUCGACCCGCUGCUCGAGAUUGCACUCAGCACCGGCGAUAUGCACUCUUGGGAUCCGACUCUGUAUGCCACCGCUUUGCUGGGCUACUUUCUCAUCUAUUACAUUUUCUCGCAUGGGCUCUGGCAGUAUUUCAUGCGCUUUACGACAAAGUUCCGCGGCCUGGAGCUCGAACACCAAAAGAACGUAGUCAUGUACGCAAUGAACAUCAUUUUCACCACCGUCGCUCUUGCCCUCCAGCUCGCCGCCUCCCCCGCGCUCGGCAAACACUACCGACUCUGGGAAGUCCAAUGCCUCCGCACGGGCGGUGUCCUCGUCUCGGCGUUGUACAUUUUCGAGCUCGUCUACCGACUCAAGAUGCGCCUCCCUCUAAUUGCACACCACUUCCUGACAAUCAUCGCUAUAUCCUUUACAGUCAGCGUGUUUGAAUAUACAAUGUCCAUGUCGUACAUGGUAUCCGCCAUCAUCUGGUUGUUCCAAGCUACCACCGAGCAACCCACCUUCCUGGGUCUCAUGGGAUACCGACUGGGAUGGAGUAGGACGUUGGUGGCGAGGUUGUUGAAGUUUGCUGCUGUGCAGACAUUCAUUCUCAAAUCUGCCAGUGCGAUAGGCUUGAUCGUUUACUGGGCUCUGCACCAAAACUACGACUAUCGACCGAUCGACGUAGCUUGGACGUGUAUCGUGUUUAUCGUCGCUGUCGGGCUGCUCCUUACUCAAGCCUGGGGCUCAUAUGUCACAUACGCCAUAGGGGCGCGUAUCCAACAACGCCACUCCAUUCUUCCCACCCUCCUCCCCGACGCAGCUUCGCACUACCCCAAAGACGGUUCUGCGGACCACCGUCCCAUCCUCAAUUCGGCCCUAUCGUCCCACACCCUCAUAGGCGAUGCUGAGCCUGUGAGCCCUUCUUCCAGCUUUGGGGGAAAGGCAAAGAUGCUUUGGAAUAAGACCGCUUCGCUGUCUUCUUCCGAGGGGUCGGAGGGUUCGGCGAGUACGGGUGCCGCUGGGUCUCUGUAA